ACCUACUCCCCGCCUGACUUUUGGAAGGGCGCAAGCUGUUGCAAGAACACAGCAAGAAGCAAAGCAAGCAACAAGGGGAACAAGGCCGCUUGCUGAGCUACAAGUUACGGUCCAGGCUUUUGGAGCCCGUUGCCUGCCGGUAUCUAUUGUACAGAUAAAGACACACGAGAACAGUCAUAUAGCAUACACCUGGAGGACUGGACCUGGUGUGGAAGCAAGGCAUCCUCGCCCUUUGGAAAAAUCCAGACGCAUGCACAAGGGCUUCCUCUUGCAACUACUCUCUACUCCUACUACCGGCCACUCCACCUUGCCCUCGCGUGCACAGCACACACCGUCUAUACUGCUGCUACUGCUACCCUUGCAAGCUACAAAACUUUGCGUCAAGCUUUGCAUCUCGGCCUCCUCAAGGCACCAAACCAACAUCUUCCUCUUCUUCUUCCAGCCUCUCUCCACGAUAACUUUUGUCCUGGAUUACCAGGCCAGGAUCAUCAUCCAAGAAGCCAAGGAAUCCGAUUGAUUCCUUUGAUGGAGUCGGCGAGGUCUCGGUACGAGCGGCCGGACGAAGGCGGCGGAGCAGAGGAGGGGAGCAGCAGCCAGGUCGCCGAGCAGGAGGAGGUCCCCUGCGUGCUGGACAUCUACAUGCACCACGCGCGGGGCAUCCACAACAUCUGCAUCUACGCCAACCAGGACGUGUACGCCAGGUUCGCGCUCACCUCGUCGCCCGACGACGACGCGUCCCUCUCCACGCGCGUCGCGGCGGGGGGCGGCGCCAGCCCGCGCUUCGACGAGCGCCUCCCGCCGCUGCGCGUCCGACCCGGGAGGGUCGCCGUCGACGUGCUCAAGUGCGAGGUUUGGAUGCGCAGCUGCGCCAGGCGGAUGCUCGACGACCAGCUCCUCGGCUUCGCGCUCGUCCCGCUCGCCGCCGUCGCGGCCGCCGCCGGCGCGCGCCUCAACGACCGGGACUUCGAGCUCUCGUCCACCGACCUCUUCCACUCGCCCGCGGGGACCAUACGGCUCUCGCUCGCCCUCCGCUCCGGGGUCCCCGGCGACGCGUGCCCGCCGCCGGACCGCGGCGCCGAGCCGUCGAUCGCGUCGGAGGUCGUCAUCCUCCAGCCCCCGCCGCCGCCGCCCGUUGACUACUCGAGGAUCGAGUUCGAUGACCUCAAAGUGGACCGAGAGAACCAAGCCAUGGCCGUCCAGUACCUGCCGUUCUUGCACCUCGGGGAGACGCCGCGGCCGCCGGUGGUGGCCAUGGAGGACGCCGAGAUGAGCACGAGCCCGCGCGGGGAGAUCAAGGCAGCGUCCUCGGACGCCAGCAAGAACGCCUCGACGACCAGCACGGUCAGCGACGACAGGGCGGUCUCUGCUUCCGCCGGGGCGGUAGAGAAGCCGGUCGACGAGGCCACCACGGUCCCGAUGUCCUGCCGCUCGCCGGACACGCCGACGUCCUGCAGCGGGGAGAGGGCCGACGACGUGUUCAAGUCGCCGCUGGGGGGCAUCGACAUGGAGGCGGAGCAGAGCGCGAUGCAGCGGCAGAUCAUGGAGAUGUACGUGAAGAGCAUGCGGCAGUUCAGCGAGUCGCUGCCCAAGGUGCAGCUGCCGUUGGAGCUUGACGGUGUCGUCGUCCAGAAGGAGGAGAAGCCUGACGACAAGGUGAUCCACAUCCAGAAGCAGCAGGUGAAGAAGGAUGGGGCGAGGGUGUUCUACGGGAGCAGAGCUUUCUUCUGAACAAAAUCUGCAGAGAGGAAAAAUGCACGCAAAGAGCAAUCAUCGUGCCGCUUGGUAAUCAGGUUUUGCUUGCCGAUUGAUGUUGUUAACUUAAUUCAUUUGAUCAUAAUAAAAAAGGUACAAAUCACAUCCUGUAAUGUAGUUGAGACUUGAAGAGUAAUAGAUGGACUAAAAUUUUGCGUGACCA